AUGUCUCAACAUUCAGUUCUAUCCCCAACCUAUUUGAGGGCGCAAAUAUCCGGAAAGCGAUUACUGGCAGACGUAAAGUGUAAUAAUCCGCGAGAAAAAGAUUACCCAAAGCAAAGCCUACUUCUUGAUUAUCAAGCUUUGCUGGACAGCAAGUGGAACGGCAUGAAUGUGAUACGGCCACUAUUUGUGUAUCUCAAUAUUCUGAAUAUUCCUACAGAUAACGAGUCAUGGGAAGGAUUUGAAAUUUUUUAUCAAAAGAAAAAUUUAGACCCCAAGGACCUGAAGAUACCAAUUCCUCAUUAUGAUUUAGCCAUGAACUUUACACACAGCGUAAUAGCAGCAUACGACUCCAUGAGCCCGUAUCAAGUUGAGCUUCUCAAAAACAUCCAAAUGCCCACCAUCCCUGACCUCAGUAGAUGGUCCCAUAUCACAUGUUUGAAAUGGGCCGAGGUCUGCAAGUUUCACGGCACGGAAGUGUGCAAUCCAAACUACGUCGUCCAACACCCUGUAACGAAUCAGAUAACAUUGGACAUCACAGAUGAAGUACUGAAGAAAAGAGGAGAAUCGCUCGGGCCAUCGGGAUGUGUGGUGUCAAUGGGAGAUAGCAAUGGUCACCGCGCUGCAUUAUUGGGCACCCCGAAUGGAAAAGGAGAUGCUUGGCUCCUGGCUCAACAUAAGGAGGCUUUCAAAGACUCGACAAUCAUCAGUGUGGAGAUAUUUUUGUGUAAACCUGUAAAUAACGGGGCCGAGACAGAACCUGAACAUCCAUCUGAUAAGUCUUCGUGGUUCAACCUCAGUUUUCGAAUUGGCCAAGAAUGA